CGGACUCGAAGGGGAUCCUCCUCGCGUCCGCGUCGCGGCACGUCGAAGGGGAUGAACCGGCCGGUGGGGAUGAACGGUGCGCUCUCUCCGCUGGCCGAGCAACCCCUUCGCUCUCGCUGGCGCGCGACGGGGUGCCGCGCGAUAGAGAGGGGGGUUCUUCGCCUCGUGCGCGCCGGAUAUACGUAGCUUCGCGGCAGGUCAGGACUUCAGUCUCGACGCGGCAGCGCUAGCCUCGUCGCGUUACACGCGUGCGACGAUCAUGGGUGAGAAACGUGCUAUGUGUCCGCGCCGACGACAGGUGCCCCUUCUGGUAGUGACCACUCUGCUGGUCGGCGUGCGUACGGAACUUGUCGAUCCUAAAUUCAAGGAGCCGAUAGCCAAUGUAACCGCGUCGGUGGGCAGGGAAGCCAUUCUCUCCUGCGUAGUUCAAGACCUGGCCGGAUACAAGGUGGCUUGGUUGCGCGUCGACACGCAGACUAUUUUGACGAUAGCGAACCACGUGAUCACGAAGAAUCACAGGAUCGCGGUUUCCCAUAGCGACCAUCGGACGUGGUUCCUUCACAUACGGGAGGUGCGGCAAGCCGAUCGGGGCUGGUACAUGUGUCAGAUAAACACGGACCCCAUGAAAAGCCAGAUCGGCUAUCUCGAAGUAGUCGUGCCGCCCGAUAUCGUGGACUAUGAGACCAGCACAGACAUGGUGGUGGCGGAAGGACGGAACGUGACCCUGCGUUGCGCCGCGACCGGUUCACCGGCGCCCAACAUCACCUGGCGGCGUGAGGACGGUCAGCUAAUUAACCUCGGCAACGGGGAGAGAGUCGCAACCGUGGACGGCUCGAGCUUCAGCCUUACAAAAGUGGACCGGUUGCAUAUGGGUUCCUAUUUAUGCAUCGCGUCCAAUGGUGUGCCGCCCUCCGUUAGUAAGAGGAUAAUGCUUACUGUACAUUUUCCACCGAUGAUUUGGGUGCAGAAUCAGUUGGUAGGCGCUCGCGUGGGUCAGAGGCUUACCCUCGAAUGCUCUUCGGAAGCGUUCCCGAAGUCUAUCAAUUAUUGGACUAGAGAUAAGGACAAGAUAGUGCCGCAAGGUGGAAAAUAUGAGCCGAUGCUGGUAGAUAACGCAUACAAGAUACAAAUGAGACUGACGAUAAGCUCCGUCAGUCCGUCCGAUUACGGCUCGUACAAGUGUGUCUCCAGAAAUUCGCUGGGUGACACUGACGGCAGCAUCAAGGUUUAUCCAAUAUCGAGUUCCAAUUCCAAUGACAGCACCAACUACAAAGGCAAGCUAAGGCAUAAUUCAGGGAACGAUAUUCUGGAGGGAAAUCGCGACAUGCUCAAGGAACAAGACCUGAAACUACGCGGCCGUAAAGAGCACGGCGGCGACGUGACGGACUACGACGAGUCCAGCGCCAACAGCAACGGCAGCUCGUUGCUCUUGGUGAUCCUCGUCGCGCUGUGCCUGUGCCUCCACCACCAUCCGCAGAUGCGAACGCUGCAUCCGGCCUGAGAUCUGUCCACGAACCGGUGCCGCGCGUGCACACCGCGCGCGUACUUCGACCAUCGAACCAUCGAGACUUUGUACAUCCACUUGUAAAUCCAUCGCUCAGGGACUUCAGUCGAGGAUGAAUAUCGUCGAGGACUACCGCGCUGACCACUUAAACUAUACGAUAAGAUAAUAAUACUGUAUAAGUAGCGUUAGCGAUUAGGAGCGGGCCGACCGAUUGCGACUCAGGGUCGUCGUCCUUGUCGUCGUCAUCAGAGUUCGCUAAGGCGGGAUUACGACUCGAAGGGGCGGUCAAUUCGAACGGUGAGUGUGCUGGAGUCGGAGUUAGGCACGCGGAUCUACCCCAUGGGUAGCCGGAAUCGUGUUACAACGUCGGGGAACGACUGCUCUGAUUUAUUUUAAGGGUUGCGUCAGCAACGUCGUGGAGAUAACUGAAAUAUCUGUAAACUUGGAGUGUUACGUUCGAGAACAAAAUAAAGAGAAGAAGAAAAAUCGAGGUCAGUUCUCGGAAAGUUAAAAAUAUACAAAUCAAAUUAACCCGUUUUAACGUAAAUCGUUUAUUUAAAAAGACGCUUAUUUUUAUCAAUCAUCGUUGAUUCUGUCCAUUUAGAUUUGCGAACGGUGCUUUGUGUACAAUUUAAUUAUCUAAUCAAUUUCUCAUGAAAUGAUAAACGUAUGUGUGAAGAGUUGCACUACGAUCGCGAUAAAUGCGCGCAUGUCUCACUUGCACAGUUCGAUUGAUCUCUCGACAACGAGCAAUAAACGGAAAGCUCUAUUCUGAAGCGACGGUCUUUUAUGAAGAAGCAGACCAACGAAGAACGGACAGUUUCCGCCGUAUUUCGCGUCAUUUUUAAUUGGCUACCCGGACAGGUGACGUAUCCCCGCGUUAAAUCACCAUUGCGAAACGACGGUCGAGCGACACGCAGCGAUGCAUCGAUGUGGCUGCACCAAUUGCAGACGAAACCAGUUACUGUCUAGGUGCUUAUUAGGGGAACUCUAGGUCAGAGCAGAGCUGUCUAACUCAAGCGAAGGAUGAAUCGCUUGAGAGAGCAAGAAAGGGAGAGAGAAAGAGAGGGAGACGGACCAGUCGCAAUACCGUAUUUCUGCUCAUCCUAUUGAUCUUUUUUGACAAAUUAGGAAAAUAAUAUUAGAAUGUGUUAAAAAAUUUGUGUGACAUGAAUAAGAGAGAGAAAAAUGGAGAGAUACUUAAAAAGCUCGAUUUGAUUUAAUACACAUUUAUUGAAUCAGUUUCGAACGAAUGAAAAUAUACACAAAUUUUCGUUGCGUCUUUUUAGAAUAAGCAACGUUAACGUUUUGUAAAUUGUUUGAAGAAAAAAGAGAGAGAGAGAGAAAGAGAGAGGUGGUCAAUUUCUUCUGACAUCGUAUAAAUAUCGCAUAAAUCCAAGAAAUGCCUUAUUUUUAUAGAUUGAACACAUGGAUCUCAUUGUCGAUGCGGGUUUUCAUAACGAUGAAUUUUUAAUAAUAGAUGAUUUAUUCCGAUCGACCUCGAUCUUUAUAGGCGAACAGUCAUGUUCUCUUUCGACUUUCUUGAUACGCGAUGACAUCGGUCGGCGUCGUUUGCAAAGUGCUCUCCGUGAAUUUGACUAUUGACUCGAGGAGGUAGUUCCCGUGUGUACAGGAGUAGGUAACAUUAAUCUUAUAGAAUAUAUCCGAGGUAGAUUAUUAUAUUAAUAGUGAUCGCUUUAAGUUUCGCACCAAAAACCUCGGCGGACAUCUUGAAUCGUUCAUUAGAAUUUGUACGGAAAAGAACAGUUGCGCCCGCGCGUUAGCCCGAAUCUAUCCCACAAUAACUCUCUGUAUAGUACACUAUGUAUAGUAUUAGUAUAAUACUAGCGUAUGUAUUAUAUAUAUAGGCAGAUAUGCGUGAAGAUGACAUGUCAUAUUUCUCCUCGGAUUUCUGCCCAAAUUCACCAGGCAAAAAUAUCAAAUUAAUGAAUUAUCCUAUUUUUGCAUAAAAUCGUGCUUAAAUAAUUCACUAUUUAUGAAUUCUGUAAAAAGAUUAAUUAUCUUUUAUAUAUCUAGGUUUGGAUUUUCAUAUUUAUUCCAAGAUCUAAAAUGCAGGGAUUACAUGUUUUGUAAUAUUCAUUUGAACUCAACAAUUCGCGCGCUAAAGCGUGCAAGCUUUAUUUUAAGUUUGAUAUUUCUGAAACUAGGUAUUUCGAAACUAAGAAUCAUAUGUCAUAAUCUGUAUAUAGUAUGUAUCAUAUAAGUACAAUUAUAUUUAGGCUACAUGUGGUAACGUUAAGUCAAGACUGAGGAGACUCCCCCGGCGUUCUUAAAUCACAUACGUUUCCGAGCAGUGGUCGAUGUAUCACGUGAUCAACAGAUUCCUCUAUUAAUGCUCUACGCGUAUUGUAUAUAUUAAUAUAGAAGCGAGUCUCGAAAGUUGCACCUUCGUAGAGAAAUUCUCGGCGACGCACAUUCACACAUGAAAAUAAGAACAAAGACCAAUUGAUCACACGGACGUCGAGAGAAAGACGACAAGUGUGAUGUCCAAAAAAUUCAUUUCGAAAGUGCAAUUAAUUGCGAGUACUAUGCAUUCGCGUGUUGACGAUUAAUGCUUUUUUUCUCGCAGAACAAGAUGAGCCGAUCGUCUCGAAAACAUUUGCAAAAUUGACGAGACGAUAACGGACAAUUUAAUGUGUUUGAGGGUAUGAGUUAUUUAUAUAGUUUAACUUUCACACCAACUAAUGCAUUCUCCGUUAAUAUGUCGCAAUUAACAAUUAACCUUAAUUUUCGUAAUGUUCAUUAUUAAUGUUGUACGACAAAUUAUAAUUGAUGUAAACAUUUGCAGAACUUCUGUUCUAAGCUGUCAGAGCACGCAUUCUACAAACUGGGUCAUAUUACAAUCUGAGUCGUAGUACAAUACGCAAACUACGGCGCGGGGUUUGCGUAUGGCGUUUUGUGUUUUCGUUCAAUGAUCUGUAUACCUAUGUGUAUAUGUAUGCAAAUAGAGAGCUUAUUAUUGAAUGCCCAAUAUAGAAGCGGUUCAGUUUCGAAAUAGGUCAAAGUGGAAGCGUAAUAGGUGUGUAGAACCGAAGAAAAGCGAGUUCUCUUAUUGUUAGAGAAAAUAUUCGAGUAUCGGAAACGUGAAAGAAGUGCUCCAGAAAUUCCGGUAAAAGCGUGCAACGCGAGAGAGAAUCGUACUUGUCACGUAAGGAUGAAGAAUUAAAUUAUCGACAUAAGAAUUUAUUCUCUUAUUAUCGUAUAUGUCUUAUCUAUUUCGAGUAUUAACGUAACAUUUCCGUAUACGAAAAAGACAUAUCGAUUUCAUUCAUAUCGUUCUUUCAUUAUGAAGGGACAAUUGCAAAGAUCAUUUUAAUAUAAAAUACUUACCCUUGAAGACACGUCAAUUAAUGAUUCGUUUUGCAAGAGGUGUAUUAAACAGAUUUUUUAAUAUCAAAAUAUAUUUGCGCUCUUUUGAGGAAUAUGCGAAGUAAUGAAAAUAUCAAAAGUGUCGAUAUCACGAUUUUCACCGAUAAUAAUUAAUUUAACGUCAAUAUCAGCAAUAUCGAUUACCGGUUUAACCACUGCGCAUUGUAAUUAAGGAUGACAUUUGACGCCUCGAUUAUCAUUUAGGGUGCGCAAGUUCGUGAGGUUUCACUAGCCUCUGCAGGGUGAUUUGAGAUAACUCAAAGUCAAUUGAAUCACCAACUGUGUAAGAUUGGGUCGACAGAUAGUAGAACGAAAUGAAUCUCUCUCGUCGAUCAAUGAACAAAAUGAGAGAAAGAGAGAGCCUUGAUCUCUCGAACACGUCGUCGCUCGCAUGAGUAAAUUGCGUGUCCUUGCGAACUUUCACGCCCUACUUGUCGUAUGAAAUAUUGUAUGCAUCGUAGCGUCUUUCCACAUCAUCGAUUCCACGCUAUCUACACCCGUACGGUGUUUACGAUCGCGAAUUGUUUACGAGUGACUUAGCGACUGCGACAAUUAAACAAUAUUGAAGAUAUUUCAGAGCAACCUACUUUUGUAUCAUCGGCAUUGUAGAUAACAUAUCGAACACAUUUCGGAUGCGAUCCAUUAGACGCUGCAAAUGUUUUGAAGCAUCUAGAACAAUCAUGGCUUUCCUUUAAGCACUUCAAAUCGUAUGCAACGUCUAAUCGUACUCUUAGACGUAACGCGUGUAAUAUGUCGCGGCAAGUGACGAGGUCCGGAGUUUGUAAUAAAGGUGAAUAAUUGCAAGUCGUAGGGAUAAAACGGGGGGAAGCGUGUCGUAGUGGCGAUUAAUGAAGUACUGUGUGGCGUGUGUGCCAUGCGGCAAGUAAAUAUAUCUAUACAUACCGUAUAGUUCUACACGAAGUAUAAAUAUUAAAAGCAAAAAUGUCGUAGUGUACAGGUAGAAUGCAUUGUCUGUGCUGAUUGGUGGCGUAACUAAUACGUGUCUCACGCAUAACGUAAUAAAAUAUGGGAGUACUUGGAGCGUCUCGUCUCGUAUCUCGUGAUGUUUCGUAAACUUUUGCUAUAAAGUGAAAAAUGAGCCGCCAUCGGCAUUCGCAACGAAAUCAACCUGACUAGAAAUUUAUCCUAUGAUUUCCAGUCGAAAAUGUCGAGACGAAUGUCGGUGACAAUGAGAGGCGCGCAUUCCUCCCUUGUCUGAGCAAAGAUUCGACAACGUGGCUGUAAAUAAUAAUAAAUGGCUCCGCGAUAAAACGCUAACACAGAUCGGCAGAUCUGUCGUUAAAUAAUAGAUAAGCGUAGAUUAAUGAUGUUUAAUUACGUAUAUAGCGCGACAUAGCAAUUAUCUCGCGAUCAUUGGAGUCGAUCUGAUUGCGCCACUGCCCGUGCUUCUCGCACGCGAUCUAGUCCUGUAAGCACUAUCGACAUCGGAGAAAGAUAUUCGUGUAUACAUGAAAUACAAAUUUACUACUUAAUUACGCUCUGUACAUUUUAGCUCCUGCAAAGUUCUCCAGAGCCGAUGAUCGUCGAGUUUCUCGCGUGUAACGUCAGGGCUUUCUUCGCGAUUAUGAAGUAAGAAUGCUCGCGAACGAACGUCUUUCUCGAAGAAAAGGAAAAUCGCCGACAAUAAU